UGACAGUUGUUGAGAUUGAGAAAAUUGAAUUUCAAGGAUUUGGACAAUUUUAUAAUUUUAAAUUUCUCUGAAUAAUAAUCAGUUGUCAAAGUAAUUACUGAUUAAUUUGAUAACGGAUUAGUUGUUGCUUAAUAAAUUGUUACACCGCUGCACCUCAACGACAGAAUUAAGCGGAACGACUGAUCCCGUGAAGUUUAGCAGCAGGAUCAGUGCAGUCGGAGGUACAAGAAUGGACUAUUUCUUUGGCGAAGCACCCGCCUCAAAUUCCAGCCAGAACGAAGGACGGGAUGAGGACCCACGUAUGGUCGAUGAUUCAGAGGCCAGUUCGAGCAGGAAUGACACUGAAGAGAAUUCCAGCUCCUAUGACAUCAGCAGAAGAGUGCAGGAACUGGUGGACAAGAUUCACAACCACCGCGCCAAUGACCAUAAAGAAAUUGAAAGCUUUCAGCAGACUAUUGUAGACAAGGUGACGGAGGUAUGCCAACAAAUGAAGGGGGACUUGUACAAGGCCUACGAAGAGAACAGCGACGAGAUGCAGGUGAAGCUGAUGGAGUUGACCAAUGUGCUGGAUAUCUGCUCCAAACUCCACAGGGAGCUCCUGGAGGCCAGCAAAGUGCUGACCGGCCUGCGAGAUGGCCUCGCCGUCAACGGCACAGCAGAAUCCAUGACAGACUAGAUUGCUUUCAGGUUCUCAGAAUAGUCAGGUUCCUUCCUCCAAUUCUCAGAGUAUAUCCGUUGUUGAGGAUGUUGUAGACAUAGGGGCCAAUCGUUCAGAUUUCAGUCUUUAAGUAAAAGCACACGCUUAGUACAUUCUUUGCCCCAUUUUCAGGUUCAUUGAAAGUAUUGCGUAAUCAGAGUUGAGUGCAAAAAGUAACACGAGACCGCACAGUGUAGAAUUGCAGUUUUCUUUUCACAUGGAACACCUUAGCCACCCCAAUGUCCAUUAUUUAAAUUUGUAUUAAAAACACCAUGAAUAAAAAGCAGAUGUUCAUUUAUAGUCCGACAAGGUUUUCAUG